AUGCAAAAAUUGCGGGCGAAAAUAGAAAAGGAGGGAAAGCAGGAAAAGGAGUAUUCAACGAGUCAGAAUGAAAUACUGCAUCAAAUACGAGUCCUAACCGACGACGUCGAUACGCUUACGAACAGAAAUUUAUACUCCGAUAAGGUCCUCGCGGCUAGCGAGCGAUUCAAUCACCUAAAGAAACAGAAUGACAACUGGGAGCAAGAAAUGGACUCGUUACGGAAGCAGGUUGAUCGUGUGCGCGAGAAUGUUUCUGCUGCGAAGGAAGAAAUGAAAGGAUAUCAGGAGUUCAAAAGAGAAACGGCACAGAAAACAGAGCAAUAUGCCGAAGAAGAGGAGAACUUAUGCAAAAUGGAAGACGAAUUGCAGGCUGAUGAGAGGAAAUUAUCCGCGGAAAAAAUGAAGUUGCGUGAUGAGGAGAAGCGCAUUGAACAGAUUAUGGAGAGUCGUGUUCGUAUUCUUGAGAAUAUGCGCAGCAAUAUGGCUGAUGAGGCAUGGCGAUGGUAUCAAGCGAAUCGCGAUAGAUUUCGGCAUCCAGUAUACGUACCAAUUCUUCAUAUGACGGUACCCGAUGCGAAAUCGGCAAUGUUACUCGAGAAUCUGAUAGCUCUGCGAGAUUUGCCGAUGUUCAUCUUUGGUUGUAAGGAAGAUGAGGCGCUUCUGACUGACCGUAGACACAACUGGAAGCUUAAUUCGACGGUUGUUGCUCCUUCGCAGGUGAAUUUAUCGUCACUUUCCUCGACUGUUACCCAAGAAAUGAAGGGAUUUGGUUUUACGCGUUUUGCUGCCGAUUUGUUCACUUCACCCGAUGUCGUUAAGCAUUACAUGUGCAGCGUUGCUCGGCUGCAUCAAGUACCGAUCGGAUCGGCAAGAUCGAAUGAAUACUAUGAUGAAAUAAAAUCUGCCUUUGCGAACACCCCGUAUAAGUUGUAUCUAACGGAUAGGUACAGGGUGCAAUUCACUGUUUCCAAAUAUGGAUCUCACGAAGUUAUCGGCCAGCAGAGUGAAUUGAGAUCUCCAGCGCAGUAUUUUGUAGCGCACACAUCCUCACCCGAUGACAAAAGUAAAUUUGAAGAGGAGCGACAACAGCUUCGAACCCGAGAAAAAGAACUGAUCGAUCGGCGGAGCCAAUUGAGAGAAAAAAGAGCAGCCACUCAGAAGGAAAGAGAGGCUCUGAAAGCGAAGCAGGCUGAAUGGAGAACCAAGAGGGAUGCUUUGACGAAUCUUGAACGAUCCUUGAGCAACCGAGAAAGCAAGCUUGAGAUGUUAUCAACUAACAGGCCUAACAUAGAUCAAGCUCGUGCAGCUCUUCAAGAAACCAAAGCGUUGGCGAGCAAAGAAGUUCAUGAAACAGCCAUGAAAAUUCUGAAGAAAUUGGAGAAACUGCGUAAAAUCUGCGUGGAAGAAUCGCUUCUUCGUUUAGCUUUGAGAAGUUUGCGAGAGGCGCUGUCAAAAGUUGACGAACAGCUUCAUACCAUAGAGCAGAAAAUGCAGGAGGACGUCGCUCUCAUGGAAGGCAGGUUGACAGUAUUUCGCAGUGCAAAGGAAGAUCUGAGGCGAGCGUCGGAAAAUCUGUUCGAGUACUGUGGCUUGAAGACGUUGGAUGAAAGCAAAAUGUCGGCAGAGGAGAAGAAAAUCCCUAAGAUGCUAGCCGCGGAUGUUGACCGCUGUGAGCGCUUGCAGCAAGAGAAGACCACCUUGCUGGAACGUAAAGCACAGCAGGAAGUUACGAGAGAAGCGUGGAGGACCACUUUGAUGAAGGAAAUUAUGGAAUGGAGAGAACCUGUAGAAGACCUCAUUCGUAAGAUUAACGUCAAUUAUUCCAAAUUCUUUGCAACUAUAGGAUGUGCUGGCGAAGUGUAUCUCGAAAUUCCUGAAGAUCCUCUCAAUAUUGAUGGCUAUGGAAUUAUGAUUAUGGUCAGCUUUCGUAAUGGUGAACGACUUCGGCGAUUAGAUCACCAGGUCCAAUCCGGAGGUGAGCGCAGCGUGUCGACUAUGCUGUAUUUGCUGGCUCUUCAAGAACUGUGCCCGGUGCCGUUUCGCUGCGUGGACGAGAUCAAUCAAGGGAUGGAUCCAGUAAAUGAGCGGAAAAUAUUUGAUAUAAUGGUAGACACUUUGAGUGGAGAAGGAAAUCUUGCCAAAACGCAGUAUUUCUUUAUUGACACCGAAGAGCUUGCUUCAUGCUUAAAAUUCACAUCGCCCAAAGUGACUGUACAGAUUGUCCAUAAUGGAGCUACACUCAGUGAAAAUUGUCAU